CUGGGCUUCCUGUCCGAGCACGGUCGCCGUCGCUAUGCCAACCUUAGCACAACAGCUCCCGGGGCGAAAGCCGGGCCCGCCCGGUGGAGGAGAGGAGCCGCCGCCGCCGCCGCCAUCAUGAUCCCGCCCGCGGACUCCCUGCUCCGCUAUGAGACGCCGGUGCUGGUCAGCCGCAACACCGAUAAGCGCUCGCCCAAGGCGCGUCCGCUGAAGGCGACCCCGCAGGUGGGGCCUCCGCCGGGGCCCGUCCCGCCGCCGAAGGGCAAGACCCCACCGCCCACUGUGGACGCCACCAAGCAGCCCGAGGAGAUCCUCAACGCCAUCCUGCCCCCCAGAGAAUGGGUGGAAGAGAACCAGCUAUGGAUCCAGCAGGUGUCAAGCACCCCCAGCACACGAAUGGAUGUGGUGCAUUUGCAGGAACAGCUGGACCUCAAACUCCAGCAGCGCCAGGCCCGUGAGACAGGCAUCUGCCCUGUGAGGCGAGAGCUGUACUCCCAAUGCUUUGAUGAGCUGAUCCGGGAGGUGACCAUCAACUGUGCAGAACGGGGACUGCUGCUGUUGCGAGUGCGAGACGAGAUCCGGAUGACGAUUGCUGCUUACCAGACCCUGUAUGAGAGCAGUGUUGCCUUUGGCAUGAGGAAGGCACUGCAGGCUGAGCAGGGCAAGUCUGAUAUGGAAAGGAGAAUUGCAGACUUAGAGGAUGAGAAGCGGGACUUGGAAAGGCAAGUGAACGAGCAGAAGGCCAAGUGUGAUGCCAUUGAGAAACGGGAACUUGAAAGGCGGCAGGUGGAAGAGAAGAAGCACACAGAGGAAGUCCAGUUCCUGAAACGAACAAAUCAGCAGCUCAAGGCGCAGCUUGAAGGCAUCAUUGCACCAAAGAAGUAGUGGACCUUUCCAACAGCCCAGGGCUGGAGUGGGGAGUGUCUCCCGAGUGGCAAACAAAAGAAUAUCUUCCAAGAGUUCUUUAAAAAAGGUUCCAGAAUUAACUAUUUGCAAAUUUUGCACCCCCCUCUCUCAUCUGGAUCAGCUCCUCUUCUCUGCUUCUAGUGAUUUCUCAGCUGGCUUGGGAUUUGCCUCACCAGUUUUACCCUAACUGGAAAUUUUUAAAUUAUUUUUUUAUGCAGUAGUACUUCAGUUUGGUAGUACUGGGCAAGCCUCAGCCCCGCAGCAGGACAAAGGCUCUACAAAGUCACAUUAAACUAAACGAUUCUGAAA